AUGAAGUUUGGAGCAUGGUGUAUGAUUGGCAUACUAGUAGCGUUGGCAAUUCUAGUCCCAGAGGGAUGGGCUCAGGAAGAAUCGUGUGUUAACCAGCUUAUCCCUUGCCUGAACUAUCUUAACGGGAUGGGUGAGCCACCAGAUAAUUGUUGCAAUCCUCUGAAAUCGGUGAUAAAGUCGAACCCUGAAUGUUUGUGCAGUAUGAUAAGCAUCAAAGGCACCAAUGAAGCUGAGAAGGCAGGCAUCAAUGUUACUGAGGCCCAGCAGUUGCCUGGCAGAUGCGGACAACAUGUUAACCCCAUCUCCUGCCUCACGGUCACAGGUUCGCCUGAUUCCAAAAACUCGGUUCCACAUUCAGAAAGCUUCUCAUUGUCAUCUCCAAACAUGAGAAUAUCUGCCGCUGUAUCAAUCAUUAUUCAGGUCCUGUUUCAGGUUGUUGAUAUUUGA